GGCUGUCGGCAGGACACUGAUGGACAAGGGAGGGACAGACUCCUUGCAAGCAAACAAUCACAAAGCAACACAAACAAGUUGAGAUUCGAGGAAUGCCAAGAAGCAGCUGCACGGAGGAGCUAAAGAGCAGAAGUGUACUGGAGCUGGGACGGUGGUCAGGACCGAGCAGCAGUGCCCCCCCCCCAUCCACCCCUCUCCACAGAUGGGAACUGUUGGAAAGUAGCUACAACCAGCGCUGAGUGUAGACUGUCUUAUAUGUCCACUGUUCCGACAUGACGCCUCACUGGGACGUCGUGCUUCACAUCACCAGGCAAAGUUUUUCUCCCGUUAACUUUUUCAUCGCAGUCGGACUUCUGACGGUCGUGAGAAACACAAAAGCGUUGGGAGUGUCACAUAAACCAGAGAGUUUUCUAGAUGAGCUGUUGCAGUAUGAAGUGGUUCAUCCGAUUAGAGUCGAUGCCAAAGGUCGCUUCCUGUCCAACUUCCUGCCCCACCAUGCAAGCCGCAUUCAGCGUCGUGAUGCCUCAACAGAACCGAGGAACUCCGACCGGAUCUUCUACCAGCUGCGGCAUGGCAGCCAAAACUUGCACUUUAAUCUCACCCUCAACCCACACCUGCUCGCUCCAGGCUUCCUAACUGAGAGGAGAUUUGGUGGCAUCCGUGGGUCCAAGAUCCACAGUCCCGGCUCCUCCCAGUGCCUCUUCUUAGGUGAAGUAUGGGACCAAACAUCUGUGAGGGGCAGAGCAGCCAUUAGUACCUGUGACGGACUGACAGGAAUGUUUAAACUAUCUGAUGAAGAUUUCUUUAUCCGGCCUUUGGAGCUGUCCAGUGAUGAGUCCACAGAACCACAGCCCCACGUCAUCUACAAGCGCCAUGCCUCCUCUUCCUGGAGUCAGGUAGCACAGCCCAUCUCAGGGAAACAGGCUCUCAAUGGUACCUGUGGGGUCAAAGAUCCUCAUGGAGUUUUUGAAGAUAUUGAGAGGCAACGGGAGCGUUGGGAGCGCCGCCACCAGCGAAAGAGGAGUAUCCGGCAACGAUCUGUCAGCAAAGAGAAGUGGGUAGAAGUACUGGUGGUGGCUGACCCUAAAAUGGUGGAGUACCAUGGAAGCAAGGGAGUGGAGAGCUAUGUACUAGCUGUCAUGAACAUCGUAUCCGGCGUGUACCGUGAUGCCAACAUUGGAAAUGCUAUAAACAUCGUUGUUGUCCGUCUCAUAAUAUUGGAAGAGGAUGAGGAUGACCUAAAGAUCACCCACCAUGCUGACAACAGCUUGAAUAGCUUCUGUAAGUGGCAGAAAGGACUCAAUAUGAAUGGCGAUGAACAUCCACUCCACCACGACGUUGCCGUCCUGAUCACCAGGAAAGACAUCUGUGCAGCCAUCAACAAGCCCUGUGAGACGUUGGGUCUGUCCCAUGUGGCGGGCAUGUGUCAGCCACAUCGCAGUUGCAGCAUUAGUGAGGACACGGGCCUGCCGCUCGCCUUCACCAUAGCACAUGAAUUGGGACACAACUUUGGGAUUCAGCACGAUGGCAACGGUAAUGACUGUGAACCCAUCGGGAAAAGACCUUUCGUCAUGUCUCCACAGCUCCUGUAUGGAACUGCAGUUCCCAGCUGGUCGCGUUGCAGUCGGGAAUAUAUCACCCGCUUCCUUGAUCGGGGAUGGGGCUGGUGCCUGGAUGACAUGCCUGUGAAGGAUGAGCUGUCUCUGAACUCAGUGCCUCCUGGUGUUCUGUACAAUGCUGCCCAUCAAUGUCGCCUCCAGUAUGGCUCAGGGUCCCUGCUGUGUGACGAUGUAGAUAAUGUAUGCAGUACGUUGUGGUGCACAGUGGGAACAACAUGCCACUCUAAGCUUGACGGUGCUGUGGAUGGGACCAGUUGUGGUGAGGACAAGUGGUGUUUUGGUGGUGAAUGUGUAGCAGUUGGAUAUCAACCUGAGAGGGUCAGUGGUGGUUGGGCCUCAUGGAGUGAGUGGUCAGCCUGCUCAAGGACCUGUGGGGCUGGAGUCCAGAACGCCCAAAGGGACUGUGUUAACCCAGUUCCCAAAUAUGGAGGCAAGUACUGUCUGGGAGAGCGGCGGAGGUACAAGAUCUGUAACACCACACCGUGCCUGAAUGACCAGCCAAACUUCAGAGACAUCCAGUGUGGUCACUUUAACACCAUGCCCUACAAGGGCCAGUUUUACAAAUGGGUGGCAGUCAACAACAGAGUCAACCCUUGUGAACUCCACUGCCGUCCACUGAAUGAAUAUUUCUCUGAGAAGAUGCUGGACGCUGUUGCUGAUGGGACACGGUGCUAUGAAGGUAGCACUAGCCGCGAUAUGUGCAUCAAUGGCAUCUGUAAGAAUGUGGGCUGUGACUAUGUGAUUGAUUCUAAUGCUACAGAGGAUCGCUGUGGGGUGUGCCAUGGUAAUGGCUCUACCUGUACAACUGUGAAGAAAACGUUUGAUGAGAGUGAAGGCCUUGGCUAUGUAGACAUUGGUCUAAUCCCUGAGGGAGCAUGGGACAUUCGGAUUGAGGAAGUUGCUGAAGCUGGAAAUUUCUUGGCUCUGCGAAGUGACAACCCAGAUCAGUAUUUCUUGAAUGGCGGCUGGACUAUCCAGUGGAACGGUGACUACAAGGCAGCAGGGACAGUAUUCACUUAUGAAAGGACAGGCCACCUAGAGAACCUCACUUCUCCUGGACCUACCAUGGAGCCCUUAUGGAUUCAGCUUCUGUUUCAGGAGACUAAUCCAGGAGUGCGCUAUGAGUACACAAUCAGACGAGAGUUCUCAGAGGACAAUGAUAUUCCCAUCUCUGAUUUCUUUUGGAAAUAUGGCUCAUGGACUGAAUGCAGUGUCACCUGUGGGUCAGGUGUUCAUCGACAGAUUGUUCACUGUGUGGAGAAGACAUCUGGGAUAGUAGAAGAGCGCUUUUGUGACCCUUUAACCCGACCUGAUGAUAAACAGGCCAGCUGUAACAAGGAACUGUGUCCAGCAAUAUGGUGGGUUGGGGAGUGGCAGAAGUGUUCAUCGAGCUGUGGGAGCUCAGGUUUGGCCAAAAGGACAGUGCUCUGCAUCCAGGGAGUGGGCGUGGAGGAGCAGAGAGCCCUACAGCCCACUGAAUGCAAACACAUGCCCAAACCUGAGUUUGUGACCCCCUGCAACACACAUAUCCCCUGUCCAGCAGACUGGACUGCAGGCACCUGGUCAGAGUGUUCAGUGACAUGUGGAGGUGGAACACGUCACCGGAAUGUCACCUGCUCAAGAAACACAGAUGUUGACUGUGAUCCACAAAAGAUGCCUACUGCUGUCACUUCAUGCUAUCUAAAUGACUGUCCACACUUGAUUGACAUUUUUGGGGGAAGCGACUGGUCUGGCAGUGGCUUGUCCAGUAAAGAAGUGUUCAACGAAAUCAACUCCAUACCUGAUGCCAACCCUCCUCCCAAAUAUGCUACUACCAGAGCCCAACCAAAGAAUCAUAAUGAUCUAAAUAACAUAAUUGAAGCAGAUUUAUCCCACCACAAUCACAUCGAAAAAGCUGAUCACUCCUUUAAAAGUAAUGUUCAAGUAGAUGAUUUUUACUAUGACUACAACUUCAUCAACUUUCAUGAAGACUUGUCUUAUGACUUUGAUACAGGGAACAAUCAAGAAGUCGAUCCUCCACAGAAGCCCAAGGCGAAUAACGACAUGAAAGAAAACAUUUACAGGGAAACUACAAUAGUUCCAGUAACUACCUCAGCCAUUUCUACCAUUUCUAAUAAGACGACAGCCUACACUGAAGAAGUAGGAAAACCACAAGAUCAGAGUCAGGAAAACUUUCAUGAGAGCACAGGCACACCAACAAAGAAACCUGCAGCAAAAAAAUCUGAAAAGAUGGAUGAUUUUCUUUCUGAGGACUAUUUUCUGCCCGUGUCCACCACUUUGUCACCAACGCUGACAAAAGGGCAUGAUAAUAAUGGUUGGCCCAGAGAUAUCAGCCCAGGUCAUAGUCAGGUAUUCACAACAGAUGGGUCCCCUAAGACCAUUGAGCAGGAACAACAUGGGGAGGAGGUUGACAAUAACAGUGAAGAUUACAAUAAGGAGGAAAGCCAUAAUGAUGAUGCCAUUGUCAAAAUAAAGUAUGCUGCUACCACUCUAGUCAGUCAGACGAGUAACGAGGACUCCCUAACUACAUCAGUGGAUCAAGAGAACGUGAAGGAUUUUGAUAAUUUGGAAUACCAUUCCCAUGAAAAGAAUACAGUGGGAUCGGACACAUCUGGGUCCCAAAGGGAUGUGGAAAACUUAGAGCCACCUUUAGGUCCUCCAUCUCCAGAAACUGUAUUUCAACAUCAGACUGCUAUGAACAUGAUUCCAGUCCAAGCGGGUGAAAGUACUUUAGAGAUACCUCUAGCUACUACUCCUUUAUUUGAGUUAUCAAAAAUAGGUUCAACUGCCUCCAUUCCAAAGGAUUUUGAUUCUGAAGAACCUGAUUUUGAUGUAACAAAGACAAAUACUGAUAGCCAAGGGACUUCAAGGGUCAAUGACUCUUACCUCAGGGUGACCUCUCACCCUGCCACUCAGGACUCCACUUUUCUCCCCGUUCUCUCUCAGACAAUCUCAGGAAAACACGAGGCCUCUGACGACACCUCAUCAAUAACUGGAACAGACUCCCUACCUCCCACAGAAAUGGUGAGAGGAAGUCAGCCUUCACCAUUUUUACUCCCAACAGAUUCACAAUCAACUAUGACAGAAUCACAGGUACCCACACAGUCCACUUUGACUGAAAGAACAAUGCUUCAAGGAAGAGAUGUGACCUCCCGAGCUCCAUAUGACUGGUCUGAUUUUGACUACAAUGACAUUGUUAUUUCCUCCAUGCUGAGAAACAGGGGUAAGAGCCAUCCUCCUACUUCAUACUCUCUGCCAAUGAACAAAGCUGCCACUCAACAAUAUAGCACAACACCAACACUGGACAUGCUGUCCCAAGAGCCCUCCACGCCCACUCCACCAAUCCAUGCACCUACUCUUUGGCCAGUUCCAGCGUUGACAUCAACUCAUGCCCCAUCCUCCAUGCAGGUCCCUACAGCUUCCCACUGGAUUGCUAGCAACUGGAGUGCAUGCUCUACCACUUGUGGUCUGGGUGCGAUCUGGAGGACUCUUACCUGCAGUACUGGCUCAGAUUCUGAUUGUGAUCCAGCCAAGAGGCCCAUACCAGCCCGAAGGUGCUAUCUGCGCCCCUGCUCUACGUGGAAAAUAGGAGAGUGGAGUAAGUGCUCCAAGGACUGUGGAAAUGGUGUUACGUUACGAGAAGUCCAGUGUUUUGAUAUGCGGGAUGAAAGACCCCUCCGGCCAUUCCACUGCCAGGCAAUCUCCCCAAGACCCCGAACCCAUAUGCCCUGUAACCCCCAGCCCUGUCUUGACUGGUACAAAUCCUCAUGGGGUCAAUGCUCUGAAGUGUGUGGCGGAGGCGAGCAACAGCGAAUGGUCACCUGUCCAGAGGAUGAUCGAUGUGACCAAGCCAUUCAGCCUGGCAACAUCCAGCCUUGUAAUAACCAGUCAUGUGUGCAGUGGCUCACUGGCUCUUGGGGACAGUGUUCAGCUUCUUGCGGCGGUGGAGUGCAGCAUCGGCUCAUUAAAUGUGUCAACACGAAGGCCGAGGCGGAAGACGAAGUGGAUCAGGCUCAGUGUGACCAUGAGCCACGACCUGAUGACACCCACAAAUGCAACCUGCACGAGUGUGAGAGUGCCCCCUCUGGCAUGCCGUGUAUUCGUGAUCGCCUAACAUUUCGCUUCUGUCAGACUCUUCAGUGGCUUGGCCGCUGCAACCUGCCCACUGUGCAGGUGCAAUGCUGCAAAACCUGCAGCCAGCGAUCCCGUGGCAACAGUCGCAUUUCCCGCCGCUGAGGUGCAGUAAAGAACUUACCAAAGGGAUCCAAGAUGGACUCUUUCACGGUCACUUCCAUGCAAGAUGUGUGCACUAAUUUGUAGGCAACAAAAUAGAACAGCAUCACAAUAAAAUUGUGUGUGUUUUCCAGUUGUACCCACUGUAUACACAAUUCCUAUCAUUCAUUGGACCUCCUGCAACAGUCAUGUGACAGUCAGCCACAUCAUUUGAAAAGUGAGAUGUUCAUAGAUCAUUAGUCUGCCUCACGGGAAGACAAGUUCUGAUAUUGGAGAAAAUAAAUAUAUUUAGGCCUAAAUGAAUAUAAAUAUGAUAGGCUUACAUAUAAAUACUGCAUACUCAUAUCUAGAUUACUUUAUGAUACACUGUAUUUUGAAAUUAAUACCUGUGUGUGUGUGUGUGUGUGUGUGUGUAUAUAUAUAUAUAUAUAUAUAUAUAUAUAUAUAUACACACACACACACAUACACACACGCAUAUUGCAUACAUACAUAUCUGUAUUUAGACCUAUUUAAUUUGGGAAGGAAUUCUGUUGGCAACUCAGAUGAAGUGAACCCUAGAAGAUCCUGAUCUGGAUAAUAAUUAUUUUACUCUUUGUCAGUUUUUAUGAAAAUCUUUUGCAAAGCUAUCUAUUAUUAGUGUAGAAGCAAAUAGGAUGAAUAGGGGUAAAGUCACAUCUGUCUCAAUUUGAUCAUGCAUCAUAACUGGAAUUAGUGAGACUUCAUUAUCACUACCGUAUGAAAAUCUCCAUCAGAGGUUUCAACAUUCAACACCCAUUCAAGACAUGUGAGAACAGACUAGUGGUUAAAAACAUUUCAUAAAUCAGACGUUUUUUCACUCUCAUACAAUAACCAUGAGAAGAAGUUAGAUGUUUUAGCAUGAGGCCCAAUGUAUGAAGCAUGUCUCACUAUGUAAAAUGAGAAGUGCACUGUGACUCCUAUUAGUAUUUCUUCCACACUGGGGUCCUGUUUGGUGGCAGUUUCACUCAACAAUACCACAGCAGCUUCUCUGUACCAGUGGAAGAUGUCCACUGAAACUGUAUAAAGUAUAGAUGUAUGAUUCAUUUUUUAUUUCUUUUUACAAAAAUUUGAACAUGUAAAUAUUUGUCUGGAAUUCUCUAUUAGUGGAACAGAAUGUCAUCAUUGUAUUUGAUUUUAGCAAUAUGCAAUUACAAAGGUGGAAGAACUGAUCUGCAAAGAGACAUGGUUUUGCUACCUUGCUAAUGUAGGAUGCAGUUAUUACAAUAGAUUAACCACUCGGUAGCCUUACGGCCGGUACAGUGCUGCCAUUUGACAGCAGUACAGUGUAAUCGGUAAGCAAAAUGGUUCUACUCAUAAUGUGGUACAAGUCUUAAGAUGUGAAAAUAAGCAACAUAAAUGCCUCAUGCGGCAUUUCUAAAUACCAUAAUAACACUAAAACUUGUGUAGAUUAGCAAUUCCAUUACAGCCUUUUUGUUUGUUGGUUACUUUUUUGUUUACUUUUGAAACAGCUGAGGAUGACUUUACAACUUGUAUUAUCACAAGGCAAAUUACAAGGCAGUGGUGCUACAGAGACAACUUUUGGUGCUAGAGACCACAGGGUCUCCAAAAAUACCUGGUCAGGUGCUGGCCGGCCCAGUGCUUCAUCUAUUUUAAUAUCCAGUAAUUGGAUGUCAAUUUUUUACGAGCCACUCAAUGGCCUUUAAAUUUGAAAUCAGUGAAUCAAUUGAAAUCAGUUGAUUGAAGCUUUUUUUUCUGAAGAAUUUCUAUUGACAGAAAUGGAGAGAGUACAUCUAUUACAGCAGAAAUAGAUGUAGCCUUGGAAUUGCCUAUGUAUGAAUUUUGUAAGGAUGUUAUAUUUUUCUCCUUUCCCCCUUUUUUUUGUAGGAUUAGCAUUACUAAUGUACAUAAAGGCUAGAAUUUACAUUUGAUGGCAAAAUCCCUGUUUCAGUGUAUUGUUUUCAGACAUCUCUCGAAAUACGUCUUUACCAGAUAAUUCACGGUGUCAUCAAAAGCCUUCUUAUUGUCAUUUUUAUGAUUUACAUUACUGUUGACCCACCACAGACUAGGAAAUAGUCUGUCGAUACAGCAAAAAUGAAGAGAUGAAAACCUUUAUCCAUCUUCUCAAAAAAGAUCCAAGGCAUGAUUAAAGUCCACAGGCAGGUUGACGGCAGGUGGACUCUGUUGCACAGUAGGAUUAUAUUACAUUAUAAUCUCAUUCACACCGGGGAAGUAAAGGCAUAGCCGUACCAACAACGCCAAGCUAAAUUCCUAGUGCAUUUAAUGCACAUGGCAAUAAAAGAAUUUCUGAUUCUGAGAGGCUGAAAAGAAAUGUUCAGUUGUUUCUAAUAUAUUUUCUAUAACAUUUACAUAAAAUAACAUCAUCGACGAUAUUGCAAUCUCAGGUAAUUGUAAAUAAACCAGAGAUUUUCCUAAACUUCAAAAGGGGUUCUUUGCUGAAAGGUAUGCAUGCCAUGCAAAGAAAACCAGUGUUUUCACGUUUUCCAGUGCCACAUUCACACUCGCAAUGUCGCCUGAAGGGAGCUGCUGGCAAAUAACAGACUAGUUCAAAGUUCUGAAUUCAAAUAACAUUUUCGCCUUAUUUUUUGUGGGCUUGUGAUACAAAUGUGAGCCUGUUUACUCGUGUCACCAAUGAUUUGAAGUUUUUUUUUCAAAUGAAUCCAUAUUCUUCUUUUUCUACGGUGAAUUGUUCAUGUGGGUUGUGCACCCCCUAACAUUUGAGCCCUUAUUUCUUUCACCUUUUCACUCGGUUCAGAUGUAAAGCCCCCGCAACGUGGGUUGAAAUGGUAGAGUGGUGCUGUUCGUCCGGUCCUAGUUGGAUUUGUUUUUUGUUGAACUGAUUCUAGAGAUUUCUGUGACGUUUCCAUGCAGUUAAAACUCAUCAUUCGAUCUACAUUUUGGCAUCCAACAAGAAAAGAAAGGCAUUAUUGAUUUGAUACUUAUUCUGCAUGUAUUUUCAUUUGAUAUGUACGUUAUUAAUUGCAAAUGGAAAAAUAAUUGAUGACAUUGUAGUGUGUCAUGGAAAAACUUCAACUGUUUUAGUUUAUCCAACCUCUACAAAAUCCUGUUAGAAUUUCAUUAAAUUCACUGCUUUGUAAAUCAUGCAGUGUUGAAAUUUUGGGAGUAAAGAUACUUUUUUUAUUUUUUGUCAAAUCAGGUGAUGUGCAUUUUGCCAUUGGACAGCAAUACUGUUUAUGCUUCGUGUUUAAUUUUGCUUAAAAUAAAAAUAUAAAAACAGACAUUUUAUAUAAUGCUUUUUGAGAGUAAAUCAACAUAUUAGUUAUUGAAUAAGUUCAUUAUUUUAUCUCUGGCCCAAAGGAGUGAGUUACACAUUAGAUUUUUUUUUUUCCCCAAAAUAUUUGAACAGCCAAAAUCCUUAAAAACAAAUAUAUAUGAAUUUUCAAAUGGAACAGUUCAGCCCUUACCAGACAAUACAAUAUGAGCUAAUGGAGGAUAUCAUUCUAAAUGUAUAUUUAAUGCUAAUCUCUUAGAUGUACAUUUGCACAUAAUGCUGCAUCAAAAGGUACCACUUCAAAAAAGAGUUAGAAAAACGUAUCACUUUAUCUUUCUGUAUACAUGUUUUAUUUCUGUCCUGCACCUGCCCAAGUCGACCUCUGAAGCUUUUAAUAAUUCUUGCCCCCUUGAAAAUAGGAUCAAUUCACUAAUAUGUAGAAAAUGACUGACAUGUUUGUAUGGUUGAGUAGUCACAGCAUGAAAGGGGAAUUGUGUGCUACUGUGUAUUGUUGAAGGGAUGAUAGUCAAAAAGUGUAGUGGCAUUUCACAAGGUUCAAAAUGUCAAAAACAAACAAAAAUUGCCUGUUUAGUCACUGGCAAACAGUAGUUUUGCCAUCUUUGGUGACAACUUACAUUUAAAAUAAUAAAGGAUACUUACAGGGGCAGUUCCCCACAAAAUCAAAAAUACAUGUUUUUCCUUUUACCUGUAG